AUGGGGUCGAGUUGUACAAGUACCCGAGUAUAUCGUGAACUGGCUGGAGUUUGUGCACUUCGCGGUCAGUGUGGCAAGAAAUCCCUCUUCGGGGCGCAAUUGCCAUGUCUUGACAACACGCCAGCUACUGAACCAAGCUCUGAGACGAGGAAACGGUUGGUGGAGAUUUGUGGAGAUGAUUGGAAGGAGGGGCUGGUCUGCUGUGGGGAUGAUCAGCUCGGGGACUUGUCGAAAAAUCUGAAGAGAGCCGAAUCACUCAUCGCCUCUUGCCCUGCUUGCAAGGCAAACUUUUUCGACCUCUUCUGCACCUUCACUUGCUCACCCGAUCAAUCUUUGUUCCUCAAUGUCACCGCUACCCAAACCGCGAGCACUGGGAAGGAAAUAGUCACAGAGUUAGAUUACUUGGUCUCCCCUUCCUACGGAAGCGGAUUCUUUGAUUCGUGUAAGGAUGUCAAGUUUUCUGGCACCAAUGGAUAUGCUAUGGAUCUUAUUGGUGGGGGUGCGAAGGAUUAUCCUGCGUUUUUAAAGUUCCUGGGAGAUGAGAAGCCGUUUGGAUCACCGUUCCAGAUCAAUUUCCCCCCCGGGGGCAGACUGGAUGCCUCAAUGAAGGCCAUGGAUCAUUCACCCAAGAGGUGCAAUGACAGCGAUGUGGCCUACAGAUGUUCUUGUGUUGAUUGUCCUGCUGUCUGUCCCACGCUUCAAGAAGUUGAAGUAGGGGAGGAAUGCAAGGUUGGGGUAGUUCCUUGCCUUAGCUUCGCAGUUAUACUCAUCUACUCGAUUUCGCUGUUUAUCCUUGUCGGAGGAUAUACCGCCGCUGGAAUCUACCAGCACCUGAAAAAGAGGAAUUCCGAGCAAUAUUUCUUGAAUUCACGCUUGGAUGACUUGUUUUCCUGGUUGGGGCAUUCAUGCGCAUCUUUCCCCGCUGUUACGAUCUCUUCUAGCGCCAUAAUUGUUGGCUUGUUGAGCCUAGGUUGGCUCAGGUUCAGCAUCGAAACAGACCCUGUGAGGUUGUGGGUUAGCCCUACAUCAGAGGCUGCUUUGGAGAAGAAAUUCUUUGACGACAGUUUUGAUCCAUUUUACCGCGCACAGCAGGCGUUCUUGGUUAAUGAUACCACAGAAGCAGGAGCUUCUCCAGUUCUGAGUUAUGAGGUAUUGAGUUGGUGGUUUGAUGUUGAGAAUCGCAUUAGAAGAUUAAAGAGUUUGAAUUAUGGAGUCACUUUGGACGAUGUUUGUUUGAAGCCUACGGAUGCUGGAUGCGUUGUUCAGAGCGUUGCUGGAUAUUUUGGGAACAGCUUCUGGAAUGUCAAAGAGGGGACGUGGCAGAGGGAAUUGAGAUCUUGUGCAGCCCAACCUGUUCAGAGCCAAUGCCUACCGGAUUUCGGACAACCAUUGAAUAAGGACUUGAUUCUUGGAGGAUGGCAGGAUACUGGCGAUGUUUUGGAUUCUAGGGCUAUGAUCGUUACUUGGGUUCUAAACAACCAUGCAGAGGGAUCCAAGGAGCUUGUGAAAACUAUGGAUUGGGAGCAGAGUUUGAAAAGCACACUACUUGCUGUGCAGGGCGAAGCUAGGGAGAGAGGAUUGAGAUUGAGCUUUUCAACGGAAGUUAGUCUCGAGGAGGAAUUGAACAAGAGCACCAACACUGACGCCAAGAUCGUUGUUAUCAGCUAUAUUGCCAUGUUCAUCUACGCCAGCUUUGCACUGGGAAGCACAAGUUUAACAAUCCUUCACGUUCUGAACCAGAGCAGUAAGCUCCUUGUGGAAACUAAAUUCACUCUCGGAAUUUUCGGGAUCAUCAUUGUCCUUAUGAGCGUCUCUGCGAGUGUAGGGUUGUUCUCGGCAAUGGGUGUUAAAGUAACCCUUAUUAUCGCCGAGGUCAUCCCCUUCCUUGUUCUUGCUGUUGGUGUGGACAACAUCUUCUUGAUCGUUCACGAGUUCGAAAGAGUCAACUAUUCCCAUCCGGAUGAGAGAGUGGAGGUUCGCGUUGGGAAGACAAUAGGCAGAAUGGGCCCGAGCAUUUUACUCUCUGCAACUUGCGAAACUAUCGCCUUUGCACUGGGAGCUGUCGUCUCUAUGCCUGCGGUGAGGAACUUUGCGAUUUAUGCCGCCGGCGCAGUAUUCGUCAAUGCUCUUUUGCAGGUUACCAUGUUCGUGGCCGUAUUAUCGUUGAACCAGAAGAGGGUCGAGAGCAACAGGAUGGAUUGUUUCCCCUGCUUUAGGGCGCCUGGCGGCUAUGAGAGUAAUGGCUCUGCUGCUACUGAAGGAGUUUUGCAGAAAUUUAUAAGGAAGGGAUAUGCGCCCGCUCUAUUGCAGAAACGGACUAAGCGGGUUGUCGUGAGCUUGUUUUUGGGGUUUUUCGCCGCCGGAAUCGCACUUUUGCCAAAGGUCGAGCUUGGGCUGGACCAGAGAAUUGCCAUUCCCAGUGAUUCAUACUUGAUUGGCUACUUCAACGACCUUUACGAUUACCUGGACGUUGGGCCACCAGUCUACUUUGUGACCAAGGAUUAUAACGUUACCGCCAGGGAAGAGCAACAAUCACUUUGUGGGCGCUUCUCGACGUGUGAUACAUUUUCACUGUCAAAUGUUUUAGAACAGGAGAGAAAACGUCCCGAGAUUUCAUAUAUUGCAGAACCUGUUGCUAGUUGGAUCGACGACUUCUUUCUAUGGUUGAAUCCUUCCCUCGAUCGUUGUUGCAGAGUCAAGAAGAGGAAUCCUUCCGAGCUCUGCGAUGAGCUCGAUAGCGAUCGCGUCUGCAAGGUCUGCUUCGAAGACCGAGACUCAGCCUGGAACAUUACCCUCAACGGUAUGCCAGAAGGCGGUGAGUUUCUGGGCUACCUAGACACCUGGCUGCAAGCUCCUACGGGGGAAGAAUGCCCAGUAGCCGGCAAAGCCGCCUACUCACACGCAAUCGUCCCCGACCACGACCGCAAGACCAUAAAAGCUAGCCACUUUCGCACAUCCCACACUCCGCUCCGCAGUCAGAAGGACUUUAUAAACGCCUAUGCCUCCGCCCGCCGCAUUUCCGAGGUUCUCUCGCAAAAAUCUGGCCUUGAAGUCUUCCCUUACUCCAAAUUCUACAUUUUCUUUGACCAGUACUCUUCCAUCGUCGGCCUCACAGAAGCACUCUUACUCGCAGCUCUGGCAUGCAUAUUCCUGGUCUCUUCUAUAUUACUUGGAAGCGCGCAGACCGGAUUAAUAGUUAGUGCUACGGUGCUAAUGAUCGUGGUAGACAUUUUGGGCAUAAUGGCUCUAUGGGGCGUAAGCCUUAAUGCAGUCAGUCUAGUAAACCUGGUAAUCUGCGUUGGUAUCGGGGUUGAGUUUUGCUCGCAUAUCGCCCGAGCCUUCAUGUUUCCCAGCCGCAGUGCAGUCGACCGCGCUCGCGGCUUCCGCGGGAAAGACGCCAGAGCACUCGGCGCUCUCACCAACGUCGGCGGUUCCGUAUUCUCCGGCAUCACCGUAACAAAACUAAUAGGCGUCUGCGUGCUCGCAUUCACCCGUUCAAAGAUUUUCGAAAUAUACUACUUUAGGAUGUGGCUUGCUUUGGUCAUUGUCGCCGCUACGCACGCGUUGGUAUUCCUACCCGUUGCACUGAGUUACCUCGGCGGCGAGGGAUACGUCCCGGACGAUAAUUACGGUGGGCUAGAAGAAGACUUGAGAAGUCGGACGUAUAGGAAUCUCGUGCCGGCAGAUUAUGGCGAGAGUUCUGAGGAGGACUAGUUGGUCUGCCCUGAAGGAGCGCACGUAGGAUGGUAUGAACAUGAUAGAUAUGCAAGCAUGGACGGGUUGGGGACUUUGGGUGUUUUUUUCUUUCUUUCCUUCUCUUUUUCUUCCAUAAACAAAGAGCAUCUGGCACCCUUUUCUCCUUCCCUCUUCUUUCUUAUUACUCAUACUGGCUUGAGUACAUAUUUUGGUUUCUCACUUUUUUCCUCUUUUACCUUUUUAGCUAGGGUAUUUGCUCUUUGGUUUUGUUGCGAGAGUCAUACCUUGUCGUGUCAUGUUCGUGAGGCUCGGUCUGGCACGGCGUGGCGUUGGUUUGUAUGGUAUGGUAUGGUAUAGUAUAGAAAUUGAGGGUUUCCUUUCUUUCUUACGCUCUUUACGGAUGGAUGGAUGUGUAUUGGUUGGUAGAUUUCUUGGUUUAAGUACUUUUACUGCGGGUGGGGGGAAAAGUGGCUAAUAGAUAUUGAUAUUGAUAUUGGUAUUGGUAGCAUGAGGUUUGUUUCCUUGUGUGAACUAUAAAGCGAAAA